CAUUCGCGCUGACCAGCUCUCUUCUCGACAACACAGCUUCCGCAAGCUUCAGUUAGCCGGAUCUCCUGUCUCAAAUCGCCUGAUCAUCUUCCGACCAGUUAAAGAAAACCCACAUUCACAAUGGCCGCCAUCAACAUGUCCAUCGCUUCCCGUAGCGAGUACGCCGUGCACCAGCUGAUGAAGCGCAAGAACUGGGCGCAGCGCGAAGUCGGUGUCGUCCUCGUUCUCUGCAUCGUCUUCCUGGUCUUCUGCCUGCUCAUUGCCGUGUUCAUCAACAAGAGGAAGAACGCUGCCCGUGCUGGCGCCGCUCCCGUUUAAGCGACAAUCCGCAGUCGAGUGGAGUCGAGAUGGUCGAAGAGAGGAACAGAUUGGUGAAUAGGAUGCAACGACGAUGCGAUACUGGUGGGAUUUGGAUGAGAAAGAGUCGGGAAUGAUAUCUAUGUUCCUGUAUAAUGUGUUUAGUAUGCUGGUUUCUUGCAUGGAAGAUCCCUUUGCACCGCGCUGGGGAUCACGCCUGGGACGAAAGGUUGUGGUAAUGAUAAGAUACCUCCAAUGAGCAAUUUUCAAUCGACGUGUUACGCGUUUCUAGUCUAUGCCAGUUCC